AUGAACGAGUCGUCCCGUGAAACCAAGAGCGCUACGAGACCAGCGAAUGCAAGGAUGCUGACUACAUCACAAAACGAAUACGAGAAGGAGAAAUCCGUUCGGGAAAACAGUAUUCUUAAUGCAAGCUCUGCACAAUCACAAGCAGGAAGCUUGGUAUCACAGGAUCAGGAUGUGGAAGGCGGCAGCCAACGAAUUCUCACGAAGGAUACGACAUCAACAAAAGAUUCAAAAGAAGCAGCAGCAACAGACAAAACGCCGAAACCAGAAAUGUUGGAUCGCAACCAAUCGCAGGAAACAUCGGCAUCCCGGCCAGGUGCCGUACGUGUUACAGGCGUCAGAAGACCGGCUCCUUCUACUCCUACCGGUAUGGCCGGCAAUGAUGCCAACGAAGAAGCGCCCAUUUUCCAAGCCGAUUUGGUAGACGAACAAGAAGAAGAGAUACAAGAUGCGGAGCUACCAACAUCCUCUGCUGCCGACAAAGAUCUAACAGUUGUUGCAGAAGCCGUAAAAGCAGGUGUUUUGAGAACAUCUAGCUCUUUCAUUUCGCAUGACCGGCGUUUAUUGGCAAUUUUUUCAAUAUUGCUCAUCACCAUUGUUGCUUUCGCCGUUGGUAUUACCAUGCUUCUGAUGAGCAAGGGUGGCACAAAUGAGACGGACACAGAGCUUCUUCCCUCUACCUCGAAUGGCACGGCUUCUCCCUUUGCACCUACAAGCCCCCCCUCCGCACCACCAACUGAGGAACCUUUGGUCUUCUUGCCCCCAUCACCAGCUGAAUGUUUGCGAAUCAUUACAGGUGAUGUGGUGACAGCUCAAGAUCAAUUGAUCCUCAAAACUUAUCACAUCGAAUUGGACAUUGCGAUGGUACCUUGGGGCGCUACCGAUAUUCCCAGUCACUUGAACACCUUGGUCACCCGUAUGCAAGCGAAAGUUGCCCCCACAUUGGCUCAAUGCGACAAUUCGAAUCAACGUCGAUUGCGGGCAAUGAGUUUCCAAGAAAGUGCUGCUAGAAAUCAAGGCUAUCGCAAUCUAGCACCAGGUGAUUAUCUAGUAGCCAAUGCCCAAUUCCUGGAUGCGAGACUUCAAACCAAUCGCCCUUGUAAGAUUGGAGUUCCUGAACCAUGUUUCAAGGUGAGAGAGACGAUCCGCGUGUACAUUAAAAAAGACGAAUUGGAUGUGCGACUUAUUAGUCGCAUCAUGGAUGCCUUUAAUGGUCAAUCAUUGAUUCAAUUACUAGACCUGGAGUUUCCGUUCAAGAGUAUUGAGAUGAUCGGCGUUGCAUCCAAUGAGGAUUUAACUGCCCCACUAAACGUUACGGAAAGCUCCGAUAGCGAAGAUGAAGACGAAGAAUCGCGAGAGCGUAACGGUUGA